CUCCUCCACCCCAAAAUCAACGAUCCAGAUCGAUCAGACAUCCGUCCGUUGCAAAUGAUAUUCUCUCUCUCCUAUAAUCACACACUCGGCUCUUCCCCUCCCACACUCACAACUCUUUCACAUCUCUCUCUCUAAUCUCUCGACUACUUGUGCUCUCUAUAAUUCGCCAGAAAAAAUGGAGGGCAAGAGUAUGACGCUUGUUCUCGGAUUCGACGGCUGUUACUCCUUCCUCCGCUCCUCCAACCGCAGCACCGGUCGCUACGCCACCAGCAGCAGCGGUGACUCCAGUCAGCUCUCCUCCAGCUGCAGUUCCAGUCAGUUCUCCUUCGCCUACAGCGGCUACUGCUCCUCCUAUUCCUGCUCCCGUCGCCGCCGCUACGCCUACCGCUUCUCCUCCUGCUGCCGAUGUCCCGGCACCGGCUCCCAGCAAGAAGUCGAAGAAGGAGAGCGGAUCUCCGGCUCCGUCGCCUUCAUUGUCGAGCCCUCCCGCUCCUCCUGUCGGCGCCCCCGGACCUAGUGCUGAAGCUAACGCCUCUGGUCCCGUCGUUGCCGAUGAGAGUGGCGCAGAGAGCUCGAGGAGUGUGCAGAAGAUGAUGAUCGGAGGGUUGGCCGCACUUGUUAUGGCUGCCGUUGCAUUUUAGAGCGGAGCCGAUGGAGCUGUGAUGGUUCGAUUCAUUUCCACGGGGGGUUUGAUAUUCGAAUCUCGUAUGUCAACACAUUCAUUUCGGACUCACUUUGUUGACAUUUUGAUUUGUUGCUAUUCUUUUUGAGCUUUCAUUCGAGACGGGGAGGGUAAAUGGUUGUAUUUAUGUAGCUUCUCAUUUCUGUCUUUUGUCGGUCGCCACACAUACCUGUGUAAUUUAGGGUUUUUUUUGAGGGAUGUGUAAUUUAGGGUUAAUGAC